UUAUGAUCAAAUGACUGGAGCAAAGUAGGCUUUGCUUGGGGUGGCCCACUUGAUAGUAACAAUUUUCAGGUUUCACUGAUCUGGUUAAUGUUCUGAUACUGUAUCUAACCAGUAUUUCUGGGAUUAGUUUGAAGAGCUUUGUACAAAAUUCUGCAUGAUAUUCUCAGCUAACAUUCAGUUGCCUAAUUCCAGGUAGUUUUGUGCUGAGCAAGUGUUCUACUCUAUUCCUUGCACUCACACCCUAUUUCCGUGAGAUGGUUCAAAAGACUGGUAUCCUGCACAAUUUGACUGCAUUAUCAGUAAAGGGCCAGACGCCAGUCACUACAAAUCUGUCCAACAUCAUUAGUUCGUGUCCGAAGCUCAAGUGUUUGAAUGUCCUGUUUGGUCUGAAUGUUACAGUGGAUACAAGGAAAGUUAGUGAAAAAUUGCCCAAGCUGGAACGACUUAGUAUAUGCUGCCAGCCAGAACAUGGACCUCCAAAAAUUGUAAAUGGAAUUGCAUUGCUUCAUAACCUGACUCAUCUCACAGUUCCAGUUUGUGCUCUCAUUGAGAAGCUGCCAGACAAGGAGAUAAAAGUAGCAAGUUCUGAGGCAGUCUAUACAGGAAGUUUUAAGAAAAGGCGUGUUGGGGUUACCCAAUGUCAGUCAAAUGCUGCAGUUGCUGCUUUUAACUUGGUGUUUGAUAAUUGUCCUCUUAUUGUGAUGCUAGAGAUUGGCUUUAACACAAGUACAUCAUGUAGUCCAGCUAAGGUACUCUGGGAAUGCUUGGAAAACAUAAAAAAAUUAAAGAGACUUACCCACCUAACCUUGGAUGGAGUUCCUAUUACAAAUGGCAAUUUUCUUAUCGGGAUUACAAGAGAAUGUACAAGUUUGAAAUUCCUUCGCCUAAGAAGUUUGGGACCCUCAGGGAAAUGUGUGUACCUCUCCCACCUUAUACAAGCUCUUGCCUAUUGUAAGAAUUUAGUCAAUCUCAGAAUUCAGCAGAAUUACCUGGCUCCUGGUACUAACAUUUGCAAGGCCUUAGAAGAAUGCAACAGUUUGCAGCGAGUAUUCAUCAGUUCAGAGCGAGACACACAAGCUCUGGACUUGAAUGCUCUUUCCACUCUGAUUGACAAGCAGACCAAUUUAGUGUUUGUGUUUGUCGUGGGCGCUAGCACAUCAAAAGAAAAGUGUACCACUUUUACCAGAAAGUACAAGAAGUCAGUCCGUCCAGCACUUGUGGUUCGUGUGCGAAACAUUUUGUAUGAUGUCUUCGAUGAUAAGAACACAGACAAUCGCACCACUCCAGCAUGUCACUAUAAUGAAAUGGUCACCUUUAGAAGUUGGGCCUUUGAUUAUGUAGCUUAGAUAUAUUUGUUAUAUUUUUUAUAUCUAAAAUUAUGUUUAUUCAAGACAAUUAUGUAAAUGUAUAAGAAAUUUGUAAAUAUAAGUUGUGUCACUUUUGUUAAUGUUUAUGAGUUUUAUGAAAUGUUAGUGUCUUGUACUUACACUUUAUGAACACCCAAUCUUAUCACAAAAUAUGAAACUUCCUCACAACGGAGAGAUUGCAUUUAUGUAUUGAACAUUCCAGUAAAAUAAAAUCACUUAAUUUCAUAGCUUGUUUGAAGUCCAUGACUUGUGAAAUGAAUAAAACAUAGUCAACUUCAAAAUAAUGACAUUUCUGUUAAAAUGAAUGAAGCAGUCAAAGGUGUGGUUGCUUUUUAUUCAUAAAAAUACAAAAAAUAAGGAAUCAUUCAUUUUUCAUCAGUACUGAAUUAGGAGAACAUAUUAUUAGGAUAAGUAAACCUUAAAAGGUUUAGAAUUAUGCAAAUGAGCAGGUGGCCCAUUGUUGCACAUCUGUUGGUAUUCCUGGGAGUUGGUUCAGGGAGUCCAUCACUUGUAGCGGUGUAAUCAUCAUCUGCACAAGCUGAUAUUCACGUUGUAUCCCACGAGUGUUAUCCACAGGCCGAACCAGCUCUAGGCACUAGAAUUUUGAAGAAUUCAGUUAAUAUUAUUACAACAUGAAUCAUCUAUGACAUGAAUGUAGGUAUUUUACUUUUAUUUUUUCAAUAUACACCAGAAUUAAUACAAGAAUAAUGAAAAUUGAUUUCACCUUUAGUUGGUCAAAGGCUUUGAAUACGACUGGACGCUCAAAGCUCUGCAUGGUCGACUUUCUCUGGCUGAAUUUCAGGUAUUCGUGAAAUACCAUUUCAAAAUUAAAUGGCUCACCUUCAUAGAUAACUGUCAGGUGUUUCAUGGCUAUAAUC